GUUGCCCAUUUAUCUGGGCCAGAUGAUUGAGCCUGGAAUGCCAAUAAUUCAGGUCGAGGAAAAUGCAAACCCGGUAUAGAUUUUAAGAAAACCUGGACCGUGAGAGGCUAAGACAGCCAUGAGGCAAAGAUUUCCUCCUUUCGGCCAGGCCGGAGAGCGAGCAAAAUGCCGUGGAGCCGGGCGGGAUAUACCGACGGCGGCAUUUCGAAGAGAUUGUGGGAAAAAUCUCAGCUUUAGUAGUUAUUCUAUUGUCGACGCCAAAACCCUCAAUUGCUUAAAGACCCACGAAGCCAAAUUACUAAAGACUCUCCCACAUGCAAAAGUAAAAUCACUGGAUCAAGAAAUGUGCAAUCUCGGAGGUGGAUCGGGAGCGGUUCUCGCGGUGGAGAUGGAGUUGAGUUCGAUGGCGGAGGGCAAGCUGCAAGAAGGACGGCACAGAAAAGUAGAGUAUGCUCUGUUCUUUAUAUUCUGUUUGCUCUCCUUCCCUUCCAGCACCGCAAGAGACACAAUUACUCCAAAACAGAAUGUUACUGAUGGAGAAACCCUUGUUUCUGGUCAAAAAGUCUUUGAGUUGGGAUUCUUCAGUCCUGAUGAAGGGUCUCUAAAUAAGCGUUACUUAGGCAUAUGGUACUAUGGAAUUCAGCCACGGACGGUUAUUUGGGUUGCCAACAGAGAGAAACCAGUUCUGGAUUAUCAUGGAGUUUUUGCUAUGAGAAAUAAUGGAGAGCUCCAAGUUGUGGAUGGGAAAGGACAAAUCCUUUGGUCUUCGGCAUAUUCAACUCCAACUGCAAUCAGGGUUUUUCCAGCAGCUACACUCAUGGAUAAUGGGAACCUAGUUCUGCAAGGAGUUGAUAACCCAUGGGAAAGUUACAAGCAAGAAAGUAAUACAUUUCUUCCCGGAAUGAAUAUGGAAAACAAAUUUCUCAGAUCUUGGAAAAGCGGCAGCGAUCCGGCUCCUGGAGAUUUCACUUUUGAAGUAAAUAAAAGAUGGAACCAGUUUAUGAUUCGUAACCGCAGUUCUUCAGAUCCUUACUGGGAGAGUGGUUGGUCACCGAAUUUAGUGAACUUCAAUGAGGUGCCUAAUUCUGUGCUCGAGUUCAUGUUCCGAGACAACAAUUUUAGCGCACUCUUGAUUACGUAAAGACUGCCAGACUCGUGAUGAAU